UCGUGCUCCUACACGAAUAUCCAUCCCUUUUUUCUCUCUGCACUCUUCUUCAUCUCUUCCCUCUACUCAACUCCUCCACCUCCACCUCCCAGAACCACCACUUGUUAAGGUGGGCUGCAAUUUCGUGUUUAUCCAUCCCUUUUUUCUCUCUGCACUCUUCUUCAUCUCUUCCCUCUACUCAAUUCCUCCACCUCCACCUCCCAGAACCACCACUUGUUAAGGUGGGCUGCAAUUUCGUGUUAUUAUCUCUCAAUCAGAUUCUGCGAAGAAAUCAGAGAUGGCUUAUGCUGCUGUACUGUCUCUCAGUCAGAUUCUGAAGCAGAUAUCAAAUCCUUAUCUCAAACAACAUCAGACUCCUCUUCAGGACCAACAAAUUAAAUCUCUCCAGGAAAAUUUGAAAUUCUUACUAGAUUUUCUGGAUGACUCUUGGCAGAGAAGGAGCGAGGAACUACGAUGUUUUGAAAUGGAAAUUCGAGAUGCAGCAUACAAAACUGAAGAUAUCAUGGAAUCCCAAAUAUCAAAGAAUUUUGGUCAGGAAAGUUUUCAUGAAAGACAAAUCAGAGACCAAACUUCUUGUGAAAACUUCGUGAUAGUAGCAGAUGAAAUUGAUUCCAUUAAGACGACGGCUGCUAAGCUUAAGGAGUUGUGGGGCUCAACAGAUCUGUACCACAGCAAGAUGACUUCUUUGCCAACCGGACAAUCAAGACUUGCUUCAAGUGGCAAGAGUGCUAUGGUCGGGUUUAGUGAUGAUAUGAUUCAAAUAGUGGAUCGACUUACUGGAUAUCCACCUUCUCUUGAAGUCAUCCCUAUUAUUGGCAUGGGAGGGAUUGGCAAGACCACACUUGCUAGAAAUGUUUACAAUGAUCCACGUACUAAAGGCCAUUUUCACAUUUGUGCCUGGGUAUCAAUUUCUCAAGAAUGUCGUGAGCGAGAAGUCUGGCUGAGCCUUCUGGAUUCCAUGGAACAACUCAGUACUGAAAUGCAUCAAGAGAAAAAUACUGAAGAAUUAAAAGAGUAUCUAUAUAAAAGUUUGAAAGGUAGAAGGUAUCUUGCUGUGUUGGAUGACGUUUGGACUACCGAGGAUUGGCAUUCUUUGAGUAGGAUAUUUCCAGAUGACGGGAUUGGAAGCCGGAUCAUUUUGACAACACGGCUGUUGAGUGCGGUUGACUCCCAUAGCUCUCCCCAUCAUAUGCAAUUUCUAAAUGAGACUGACAGUUGGAAUUUACUUCGUCGGGAGGUGUUUGGGAAAGAUUCUUGCCCUGUUGAACUGGAGAAAGCUGGAAACGAUGUUGCAAAGAAUUGCAAAGGACUUCCACUCUCCCUUGUGGUGAUUGGCGGCCACCUUUCAAAAGCCAACAGGACAAAAGAACACUGGGAAUAUGUUGCACAAAAUGUCAAGUCGGUUGUAAAUGCAACAGAUCCAAACUGCUCAGACAUACUAUCUUUAAGUUUCGAUUACUUGCCUCAUUAUCUCAAAGCAUGCUUUCUCUAUAUGGGAAUUUUUCCAGAAGAUGAUGAAAUCCGCGUCUCCAAACUCGUCAAGUUAUGGGCUGCAGAGGGAUUUCUAAAAGCAGCCAGAGGUAAAACCUUGGAAGAAGUGGCAGAGGAAUAUUUGGGAGAUCUAAUUUCCAGAAAUCUUAUUUUGACUCGUGAGGAGAGUUCUAGUGGAAAGAUAAAAACCUGUGGCAUCCAUGAUCUGUUAAGGGACCUAUGCAUAAGAAAAGCCCAGCAGGAGAAGUUUUUUCAUGCCACUGUCGCAGAUAAAGAUUUCAGAAUCUUUGCUGAAGGCAGAAAGUAUUCACGUCGCCUUUGUAUUCAGCCAGAUACUUCAAAUGCCAAUCCGUCCAUGGAAUCCUUGCGACAAGUCCGUAUUCAGCCAGAUAUUCGGCCAGAUACUUCAAAUGCCAAUAAAUGAGAAGGAUUUAGUUCUAGGAAACCUUUUAACUUUGGCAAAAGUGAGUAGCUCAAGCUGUACCAAGGAGGUCUUCGAAAGAGUUCCAAAUCUAAACAAGUUAGGAAUUUUGAUUGAAUAUUUGGUAUUCACACCCUUUUCUUUAGGUAACCUGGUUAAUCUUCCUCAACUUGAGACCCUGAAAAUCUUAGGUGUAUGUGAUUGUGUUAGUGACCUGAUUAAUUUCAUUUUCCCACCAAAUAUCAAAAAAUUAACCUUAAAGCAUUGCAGAAUUCCUUGGGAACAUAUAACUAUAGUUGGUAAAAUGCCCAAUCUUGAAGUACUCAAACUGUAUAAUAAUGCCUUUGAAGGGCCAAAAUGGGAGCCAACCAGUGGAGAAUUUUGCAAACUAAAAUUUCUGCUACUUCAGGAAUUAGAUCUAGUGCAAUGGACAGCUGAUCACACUCCCUUCCCAAGCCUUGAGCGCCUAAUUCUUAGGCAAUGUUUCAAAUUAGAGGAGAUCCCAUGUAGUAUUGGAUAUAUAACAACACUUCGAAUUAUUGACUUGGAUGAUGCUAGCACUUGUGCUGUGAAUUGGGCAAAGCAAAUACAAGAAGAACAAGAGAACUGGGGAAAUGAUAGCCUUAAAGUUCAUUUCUUUCACCAGUUCUGGUUAUUCCGUCUAAAGAGAAAGGAAGUGGAAGCUAAAAUAUGUGGGUCAAAUGAUGACACACAGCUACUCGAGGCCAUAGCUCUGUUUAGCUCAAUGCUUA